GCCACCGUCUCGUGUAGUACCAUUUAUGUCACAGUGGGCGUAUUGAAUGCGUGAGAUGCAUUUCAUGUUGAUCAAGGAGUGAUGGUGUUUCAAGACUGUAUGAUAUUCCGUUAUCGGUUAACAGUGUCGCCCGACGGCAUCGGUGACCUUACAGUAAACUGCAUCACAGUAACGACUAAGGAAAGGAAGGGAUCAUACAGAUGUCAUUCGCAUAUGUCCGCCACAAACAACACCCCUAUGUCCGUGCCUGACCGGGACCGGCGGAUACUGCACUCGGUGUCUUCCACACCAACAUUACAAGGCAAUCAUGCGCCAAACUCAGUCCAUCAGAUUGUGACUGACGGGCGGCAUGGCAUACUACACUCUGUGUCUUCCACACUGACGUUACAAGGGGAGCGUGCGCUAAACUCAGUCCAUCAAAUUCCAGAACAGAGUUAUUCUCAGAAGCCGCAUAGCAGCGAGCUGCUUGCGGCAACGAAUGGUACAGAUAUUCUGAUUGUUGACUGGGACAGCCCAGAUGACCCUCAAAAUCCUAAAAAUUGGAGUUAUAGACACAAAUGGGCAGCGACACUAAUCGUAUCAGCAUUUAGUUUCAUUAGUCCAGUGUCUUCCUCUAUGGUCACGCCCGCUAUCGACCAAGUGGCUUCUGCCUUCGGGAUCAACAACAAUGUUGUACUUGCCCUCACAACAUCCAUCUUUGUGCUUGGGUUUGCGAUGGGUCCAUUGUUUCUGGGUCCAUUGAGUGAAAUUUACGGACGAUGGCGUGUUUUGCAAUUGUCAAAUCUAUGGUAUCUCGCAUGGAAUAUUGGAUGUGGAUUUGCACAGUCAGAAUCCCAGCUUCUUGCCUUCCGAUUUCUUGCCGGCAUCGGAGGCAGCGCGGUUUUGUCGAUUGGCGCCGGCUUCCUUGGGGACUGCUGGGUGCCAGAAGAGAGGGGGCAAGCCGUUGCUCUUGUCGCCUUAGCUCCGUUAUUGGGACCUGUUGUGGGGCCUAUCACAGGUGCCUGGAUCGCUGAACUCUCGACCUGGAGAUGGGUGUUUUGGUCUACGUCCAUUGUGGAUGUAGUCAUUCAUAUCAUUGCAUUGUUUAUACUUCAAGAGACUUACGAACCCAUCUUAUUGGAAAGGAAGGCAGAUCGAAUUCGCAGAUCGAUGGAUGCCGAAAAAGCGCCGCAACGAGCAGUCUGCACCGUUUUCAGUCAAGAUCGCUCCUGGCAGACCAUCAUGGCCAAAUCGCUCAGUCGCCCUUUUGUACUCUUUGUCCAUGAGCCAAUAGUGCAGCUCCUCGGCAUUUACAUGGCGUAUCUGUACGGGUUACUGUAUCUCUUUUUGACGACGAUACCAUCGAUCUUUCAGGGUGUAUAUCAGGAGUCGCCGGGAAUCGCCGGCCUUCAUUACAUUUCGCUUGGCAUAGGAUUGGUUGGGGCGUGCCAAUUAAAUGCAAAAACGACGAACAUGGUUUACAUUCAUCUCAAGAAUAAAAACGGCGGAGUUGCAAAGCCGGAAUUCAGAUUGCCUGCUAUGGUUCCCGGAUCUCUGCUACUUCCAAUAGGGUGCUUGAUCGUAGGCUGGACCUCUGAAGCCCAUACUCAUUGGAUAGCUGUAGAUAUUGGUAUGGCACUUGUGGGAGCAGGUAUCAUUCUGAGUUUCCAGUGUAUUCAGACCUACAUCCUUGAAUGCUUUCAGCUUCAUGCCGCUUCCGCAAUUGCUGCUGUCGCCUUUUUGAGGUCACUGGCAGGUUUUGGAUUUCCCUUGUUCGCUCCAGCAAUGUAUGACGCACUCGGGUUCGGGAAGGGCAAUACUAUCCUGGCAGUUGCGGCAAUCGUCUUAGGCUGUCCCGCGUAUGUCUUCCUCCUUUAUCCUUUCGUUGUCACCCUCGAUAGUAAUACCUGCAGGCCCUGGAUAUUUUGGUAUUACGGGGAGCGGAUACGGAACAACAGUCGACAUGCGCAUUGAUAACUCUAGAUGAAUUGUGGAGCAACCGAAAUGGGGCAUGGCGCACGAGUUAUGAACCUUGCGGGCAGUAGUUGUACACUGUACACUACACGUUCGCCAGGUUUCUAGAUUGACAACAGACUCGUGUAGGAUAUCAGAACAGGCCAUAAACACACCA